CCCCCCGCCCCUCAUUUCCCAUUGUUCCCUAUCUUCCUUCAUUUGAUUGGUUCGUUUCUUGAAAAUUUCCCAGCUUUGUUCUUCAAUACCAGUUUUUGGUUUUUCAAAGACAAAUCACUGAAUACUGUUAAGAGUGGAGAAAAGACAACUUUCCAUGGGGUGUAAGAACAAAAAUCAGGUGUUUUCACAUGGAGAAUCUAAGGGAAUAAUGGAAAGUGAAAUCAAAGAAUCCCCUUUUGUAUCCAUGCUAAAAUCACCUAUACAAAGUAGCAGACCAAGCAGCAUGGUUGUUAAGAAAGCACAUACCGUGAUUCCGGCGCAUAUUGUAGCCGAGGCAAUAUCGACACUUCAUGGUCUUGAUCUCAGAUGGUCGGGACCGAUCACACCGACCGAAAGGGACUAUGUUGAGCAAUAUGUGUUGGCAAAAUAUCCACAGUAUGCAGGUCAAGUUGAGCUAGAAAAUAUAGACCUUUCUAGUCUAUGCAUCAAUGAAGAGUCCUCGGAGGCUGCAAUUGAUGAUAAAAAGAAAUCACCAAGAGGUAAUUCAAGAGAAUCCUCCUCACCUUUCUUCGGAAGCAAUCAUCCGGACCUGGACAGGAUUCAAUUGGAGCCAUCAAGAUUGCUCGAUAUCCUCACGAAGAAAUCGUCUUUCCCAGGAAGUUUCAUUUCGAUCCCGGAAAUCCAAGCUCGAAACAAAGUUCUGAAACACUGCGGAUUGCCGGACGAUGACUACCUGGUUCUCUUCACACCAAACUACAAGGAUGCAAUGAUGUUAGUAGGAGAAAGCUACCCUUUUUUUAAAGGUAACUUCUACAUGAGCAUCAUUCGUGAAGAACUUGAUUAUGUAAGGGAAUUUGCGAGUUACAAGGAAUCAAAAGUGAUAUUGGCACCCGAAACAUGGUUGGAUUUGAGAAUCAAAGGGUCACAACUUAGUCAGUAUUUCAGGAAAAAAUGUAAGCAUAGUCCAAAGGGAUUGUUCUCGUAUCCAGCUGAUGUUAAUGGGAUGCGUUACUCUAUGCAUUGGAUUUCGGAAGCUCAUAGGAAUUCAUGGCAUGUUCUGCUCGAUGCAACUGGUUUAGUUGUCGGACAAGAUCGGUUGAACCUCGCGCUUCAUCGGCCUGAUUUCGUGCUUUGUAGUCUGGAGAAUACGCAUGCUCAACCAGCAAGGAUAACUUGCCUGUUGGUGAGGAAGAAAUCGUUUGAUACUACAACAUCUUCAUCUCAGAUGAGUGAGUGAAACUUGGGAUUAGCUGAUAUGAAUACGUUAUUUCAUAUGUUUGAGUUAUUUUAAUAUUUAUUGCUACAUACAUUUUGGAUGUUGGAACAAAUAAAACGAGUUUUGAACAGGAAGAAA